CGCCCUGAGCGUCGCGUCCCCACCCUCGCCUGGAGCCAGACCACCUGGCGGAUAGCGCUCACGUCGCCGCCGCGGCAGCUUUCGCGGGCCGACCGGGACCGGAGCACCCAUGGGGCUGGGGCCGCGCUCCCCCCACAAGGCCGGGCGCCGUUUCAAGGCUGGUGGCAAACGGGGGCGCGGUGCCAAGGUGUUGGGGCGCCCCUCAGGCCGCGAGCGACAGCCCUGCCCGCCCCCGGACGGGCGCUCGCCGCCGGCUCUGGACGCGCACCCUCACUUGAGCCCCGAAGCGCUGGGGUACUUCCGCCGGGCGCUGUCGGCGCUGAAAGAGGCCCCGGAGGCCGGAGAAGAACGAGAGCUGAUGGUGCACAAUGUUUUGAAGGAAGUGGAGGCUCAGGCCCUCGCCUUGGCCACAAACAGGACUGGCAGUGAGAUGCUGCAGGAACUGUUGGGGUACAGCACCCUGAAACCUCUGUGUGGAGUAUUGGCUGCUCUGCGCCCCAGCUUGCGCUCUGUGGCCUGUCACCGCUGCGGGGUCCACGUAUUGCAGAGCGCUUUGCAGCAGCUGCCCCGAUUGUUGGGGAGCUGUGCAGAGGAGGAGGCAGAGGAGGAGGAGGAGGAGGUGCCUCCCUUGGAGACCCUGGAGGAGCUGGUGCUGGGACUAGCCUCUGAGGUGUGUGAUGAUUUCCUUUUCUACUGUGGAGACACACAUGGCAGCUUUGUGGUCAGAACUCUGCUGCAGGUGUUAGGAGGGACUCUUCUGGAGCCCGAGAGAGCCAGACACCGGGGCUCCCGGUCACCUGAAGCACAAAGAACUCCAGCUCGGGAAUGUAAACCAACUGAUUUUGAGGUUCCUGAAUCCUUCUUGAAUUGUCUUCAGGACCUGAGCUCCUGCUUUCUGAAGGACAUUGCUGUGUUUAUCACUGACAAGAUCUCCAGUUUCUGCUUUCAAGUGGCCUUACAGAUCUUACACCGCAAAGUGCCCCCGUUGUGUGCCCACCUCUGUAAUGCUGUGAUUGACUAUCUGAGUAACCGCAAUUCCUCAGCAGAUGGCAGCCCCCUACUGCUAUUUCUGCGGGAUCAGACGAGCUCCAGACUUCUGGAGCAGGUGCUGCUGGUGUUGGAGCCCCCGAGGCUCCAGAGCCUUUUUGAGGAUCACUUCCAAGGGCAGCUGCAGACCAUGGCUGCACAUCCUAUUGCCAACUUCCCUUUGCAGCGUUUACUAGAUGCUGUCACUACCCCUGAGCUCCUGUCCCCCGUAUUUGAGGAGCUGAGCCCUGCCCUGGAAGCUGUGCUGGCACAGGGUCACCCAGGGGUAGUCAUUGCCCUGGUGGGAGCCUGCCGCAGAGUUGGAACCCACCAAGCCCAGGUUCUGCAGCUGUUGUUAGAGGCAUUCCACUGUGCAGAGCCCUCUUCCCGGCAAGUGGCCUGUGUGCCUCUCUUUGCCACUUUGAUGGCUUAUGAGGUGUACUAUGGACUGGUGGAGGAAGAGGGGGCAGUGCCUGCGGACCACCAGGUUGAAAUGGGCACAGCCAGGGCCCUGGGAGAAGUGACAGUCCUCGGAUCUCUACUGCUCCAGCAUCUGCUGCACUUCUCCACUCCUGGCCUUAUACUUCGAAGUCUGGGUGCCUUGACGGGACCACAAGUUCUGACUCUGGCCCAAAGUCCUGCUGGUUCCCAUGUGCUUGAUGCCGUCCUGACCAGCCCUUCUGUGACGCGCAAGCAGCGCCGCCGUGUGCUUAAGACCCUAAAGGGACAGUAUGUGGCUCUGGCUUGCAGUCGCCAUGGCAGCCGUGUGUUAGAUGCCAUCUGGAAUGGAGCAGCCUUGGGGGCCCGGAAGGAAAUUGCUGCUGAGCUGGGAGAGCGGAACCAAGAGCUGAUAAAAGACCCUUUUGGCCACCAUGUGGCUCGAAAUGUGGCCCUGACUACCUUCCUGAAGCGUCGAGAAGCUUGGGAACAGCAACAGGGGGCAGUGGCAAAGCGGAGGCGGGUUUUGAACUCAAUUCUUGAAGACUGAGGCCUUGAGAUCUGGGACUGGGUGUUGAUGGGGGAGGAGGAAAGGGCAUAUUUAUCCUGUUCCCUUACUAAUUUAAAUCGAAGUCAUUGAAGUCAAAAGUUUUAUUGGUAAACAUUUUUAUAUUUGUA